CUGAUAAGUAAGGAAAGAGGUUGCGACCUUGCAUUAUGUUUUGUUGCGCCGCCCCGCUGCUGAGUAAAAUGACAUGGAAAUUCCAGUAAAUUUACUGUAAAAUAUGUGUGGCUGGGCGGAGCCUCCAUGGUGUAAUCUGAUCGCUGCAGGUAUUGAAGCCCUGUUUUAAAUGUUGGCUGCAGUGCCUGAUGUACAUGUAGGUUCCAUCUGCCUGUAAUUGACUUCGAAAGAACAGCGGAGUAUUUAGCAAGUACAGGGGUUCAGGAGUCGUUUCUCGUUUAAGUCUUUGGCCGGUGGUUUGUGUGCACACAUACCCUAACAUGUCUGGCAUAGAGAUGGAGUCGAGGGCAGGAGGAAGAUACAGUGCAAGCCAAGGUGAUCGGGGCACGUCGCCCAGGGACGAUGGGGGCUCAAUGUCGUGUUGUACCUAUGUGCUCUGGUUUUUCUCUCUACUCCUGCUGGGUAUAACUUUCCCUAUCAGCGUUUGGUUUUGCUUCAAGACGGUCUCAGAGUACGAGCGAGCAAUUAUUUUCCGAGUUGGUCGUCUGUUACCGGGAGGACCCAAGGGGCCUGGUCUGUUCUUCAUCAUCCCCUGCAUCGAUGACAUCCAGGUGGUGGAUCUCCGGACGCUCUCAUUUGAUGUGCCACCACAGGAGGUCCUGUCCAAAGACAGUGUGACCGUCACUGUGGACGCAGUGGUGUACUUCCGCGUGCAAGACCCCACGAUGGCUAUUAUCAACGUGGAGAACUACAAGCGCUCCACGGAGCUGCUUGCUGCCACCACCCUGCGUAACGUCUUGGGCACCAAGACCCUGGCCGAGAUGCUGAGCCACCGCGACGAGAUCAGCAACACCCUGCAGACGCUGUUGGAUGACGCCACCGAUCCCUGGGGCGUCAAAGUGGAGAGAGUUGAGAUCAAAGAUGUGCGUCUCCCAACUCAGAUGCAGCGUGCCAUGGCCGCCGAGGCCGAAGCAUCCAGGGAGGCCCGCGCCAAGGUGAUUGCUGCGGAGGGUGAGCAGAACGCCUCCCGCGCCCUGAAGGAGGCUGCCGACAUCAUCGCUGAGUCGCCCAACGCCCUGCAGCUCCGGUACCUCCAGACCCUCAACUCCAUCUCGGCCGAGAAGAACUCCACCAUCAUCUUCCCACUGCCCAUCGAUCUGCUCGCCGGAUUCACAAACAAGGGCGAGCGUGGUGGUAGGGACGACCAUUCCCAUAUGACCAAGCCAUCCAUCAAUUAAAACAUCACGAAAGCUGUUAUGUCUGUUACAGAAGCGCAAACUCUUUAUCUUAUAACUUCCCUCAUCAAUUCAACAAUUUCUAAGUGUUGGAAGCGAUCAGAGAAACAGAAUUGACGAAGGACGCGUGAAUCAACUCAAGAUAUCAGGUCAGCGUUGUAGUCCAGUCCUUUUCCGAGUCGGAAAUAUUCUGCUGCCAAUUUCCCAAAGCAGUGUGGAACAUACGCCAUGCGUAGGAUUUAGUUGAGUUUGUUCAUAGUUGCGCAAUAACCUUUCGAUCGUUUUCGUGAGAUUUGCCAUAGCUACACAAUUUUCUAAACAUCUUGGAUGAGGAUAAUCAGGGUUUCGGUAUCAGCUGUUAUAGUAUACAAUUUCAUAUCAGUCACAAAACAGUUUUGAGUCGGCUUUUACCCACAUUUUGAAUAUAGUUGGGGUUUUUUUUCGAAUUUCUUCGGAAAAGAUGACCACUCUCAAAAUUCUGCCAUGGUUGAAAAGGCUGUGAGUUUCUUGUAUCAAACUUAAUAAUUUGGCCAUAGACAGACUCUAGAUGACUGUGUAAGUUUCCUAAUAUGACUGCGUAAGUUUUGCUAUAACUUCUUGCAGAAGUCGAGAACAUACACACUUUAAAAACUUCAUUGAAAUAAGUCCUAACUGAAGUGAUUUGCAACGUGAAAUGUUGCCUAACUUUCGCAAUGACAAUCCAGCGUUAGUGGAGUUGCACCAUUGAGUGAAUUCAUUUUCUCCGUAGGCUUUCCUACUUUCGGUACGUGAUCAAUCGAGCGUAAUCGCUUUCCUAGGGACCGAGAACCAAUCAGCGAUCGAGACUUGACAGUUCAAUGGCUCGCCCGACGGUUGUAAAUACACAUCCCGCAGUACGUUAUCAAGCAUCAUAUCAGCACUUUCCGGGGACCAAUCAACGGUCGAGAUACUGCGGUGAUGAUGCACGGAGCUAGUACCGAUGGUCUAAUUAACAUGAAAUGGCCCCGCCCCCAUUGCUACGACAUGACCAAGACGUUAGUGCGAGAAAAUAAAAAAACAGUUAUUCAAGUGCGCUACACAACAAUGCAACUAUUGCUGUUGAUCACUGACGUCUUGGGCCAAGACUGUGCCGUCAUCAGUAAAUGCACUCUUCGGAACAUGCCCCUUUGUCGCGAUUGAUACGCAUGCGCGUCUAUUUUGCAAAUGAAGUGAGACAUUCUGGAACUUGGCCAGAGCUUAUUGUGCACUCGCGCUUGCUCAAUGUACACACCACAAAGUAUUAACAAGUCAUUCUGCUAAACAAGGAGUUUGCGCUGAUGUAAUAGACAUCGCAAGAAAGAAAUGCACACACUUGUGUAGUAUCUCUUUGGCUUUCUCAUACAGUGACAUACGGCUUUGGUUGUCAGAAUAGUUAAAUUUCAUAAAUACACAGGCUUUUUAAAUGUAUGUUCACAAUGUUAAUGUUUGUAAAUACGGACUUACAAGAAUGUGACUUUUGUAUAAAAAGAAUGUAUUCUCUUGUUUUAUAGGAAUAUAAAGUUGCUUUCCCCAUGUUUAAGUUUUACUCAAAAAAUAAAACUUCUUUUUUUAUUAUGUUGCUACUUUUUUAUCGCACUUAAAAAAAAAAGUCAUUUUUGAAUGAGCCAUUAAACCAAAACAUUUGUCCACUCUUGGUUAUGGAAAAAUGACUUCACAAAUUUGGAAUUAUUUGCAGCCACACAAGAAUUCACAGGGAUCUCUUUGUGUAUUAUAGGUGCAAAAGUAUCCCAAAGAAAGACCAUUUUUUUAAGGGUUGCAGAUGCCCAAAAUGAAACAUGCAAAUUGUUUGCUGAAAAGCAAAGGGAAAGCAACUUAAAAAGUUAUAUACAACAUUUGCACACAAAAAAGUACAACGUUAUUAUGAAAUAUCUUACUUGACUGUA